CGCACUCCGAGUCCGCCCGAGGAGCCGGGCCCCGGCCGCUGUCCAGCCGCUCCGCGCCCCUCGCGACCCGCGCCGCCGCCUCUCGGGGAGACGCUCGCCAUGGAUACCCCCAAGGUCCUGCUCUUGGCCGUCUUCCUCAUCAGCUUCCUGUGGGAUUUGCCCGGUUUCCAGCAAGCUUCCAUCUCAUCCUCCUCGUCGUCCGCCCAGCUGGGCUCCGCCAAGGGAAUGCGAAGCCGCAAGGAAGGGAAGAUGCCGCGGGUGUCGCGAGAGAGUGCCACGGCCCGGGCGCCCCUGGAGCGGCAGGACCCACAGCCGAGGCCGCAGGAGGAGCCCCGGCGGCGGCCGCCACAGCAGCCCGAGGCACAGGAGCCUCCGGGCAGGGGCCCGCGCGUGGUGCCGCACGAGUACAUGCUGUCAAUCUACAGGACUUACUCCAUCGCCGAGAAGCUGGGCAUCAAUGCCAGCUUCUUCCAGUCUUCCAAGUCGGCUAAUACGAUCACUAGCUUUGUAGACAGGGGACUAGACGAUCUCUCGCACACUCCUCUCCGGAGACAGAAGUAUUUGUUUGAUGUGUCCACGCUCUCAGACAAAGAAGAGCUGGUGGGCGCGGAGCUGCGGCUCUUUCGCCAGGCGCCCGCAGCGCCCUGGGGGCCGCCGGCCGGGCCGCUCCAAGUGCAGCUCUUCCCCUGCCUGUCGCCCCUGCUGCUGGACGCGCGGACCCUGGACCCGCAGGGGGCGCCCCGGGCCGGCUGGGAAGUCUUCGACGUGUGGCAGGGCCUGCGCCACCAACCCUGGGAGCAGCUGUGCUUGGAGCUGCGGGUCGCGUGGGGCGAGCCGGGAGCCGGCGAGGCCGAGGCGCGCGCGCCGGCCCUCCAGCAGCCACCGCCCCCGGACCUGCGGAGUCUGGGCUUCGGCCGGAGGGUGCGGACCCCCCAGGAGCGCGCCCUGCUCGUGGUGUUCACCCGAUCCCAGCGCAAGAACCUGUUCGCCGAGAUGCGCGAGCAGCUGGGCUCGGCCGAGGUUGCGGGCCCGGGCGCGGUCGCCGAGGGGUCGUGGCCGCCGCCGUCGGGCACCCCGGACGCCGGGUCUUGGCUGCCCUCGCCCGGCCGCCGGCGGCGGCGCACAGCCUUCGCCAGCCGCCACGGCAAGCGGCACGGCAAGAAGUCGAGGCUGCGCUGCAGCAAGAAGCCCCUGCACGUGAACUUCAAGGAGCUGGGCUGGGACGACUGGAUUAUCGCGCCCCUGGAGUACGAGGCCUACCACUGCGAAGGCGUGUGCGACUUCCCGUUGCGCUCGCACCUGGAGCCCACCAACCACGCCAUCAUCCAGACACUGAUGAACUCCAUGGACCCCGGCUCUACCCCGCCCAGCUGCUGCGUGCCCACCAAACUGACUCCCAUCAGCAUCCUGUACAUCGACGCGGGCAAUAACGUGGUCUACAAGCAGUACGAGGACAUGGUGGUGGAGUCCUGCGGCUGCAGGUAGCGGCGCCUUCCCUGCCGCCUUGGCCCGGGACCGCUGGGGAGGCCUGGCUGCAGAGAGGCGGAGGAAGAGCUGGCCUUGGACGAGGCAGAAAGUGGGGCAACAGCCUGGGCUUUCAGCCGGGUGGGAGACCAGGGAGUUCCGCCUUUCUGGAACCUUCCACCUGCCGGCCCAGAGGGAGAGACGGAUUUUCACACCUUGCCCGGCCACCCUGGAAAAACAAGCCAAGGAGGAUUUCUUUAGUUUUUGUCUUUAUUAUUGUGGCUUUGGAUUUCCUUGUGUGUCUCACAGGUUUUGAUGGGAGGUGGGGGCAGGGGAGACAUACCUGGUUCUCAGCUGCUCCAAGGAUUGAAAAAUUAAUAGUUUAAGAAGGGAAACUGGGGGGAAGAAUCACCUUUGACCACAUCUCGGUCUGAUUGUUUGCUACCUGUGUAAAGAAGGUGGGGUCUUUCUGGCCAUGUUGUAGCCUGUGCCUUGUCCCCUCGCCCUUGCCCGCAACAGAAAGUGUUAAGGUAGAGAAAUAGGAAAGCCAGGAGGGGUCCUGCCUUUAGAAGAGCUUUGCAAGAGGUGGGCCCAAACGGGCCUUUUCCCGCUUGAUUGUAUACCCAGCUCUGCCCUGGCCUCUGCCCGUAUAGGGAAGUGGCAACCUGCAUCUCACUCCAGGGGGCUCAGGUCACUGCCAUUACUAUUGCUUUUUCUGGGGGAAAAGGGAGCUGGUAUGGAUGGAAUGACAAGAAUGAGUCCAAGUGGAACCCCCUAAAGGAUAAUGAGAAACCACAAGGCUGCCUCUGAGGGGCUGACAUAGAGGUGCCUUAGCCCAGGCUGUAGGUCACCUAUGGAAAAGCCCUUCCUCAAGUCUGUUUCUCAUUGAUUUCUUUGAACAGAAUUUGCCAGAAUUCAGACAUCCCCUUUGAAGGGGAAGGUGAUUUCCCAUUUAAGCAAAAAAUGGGUAGGGCUGGGGAACUGUAGAACUAAGGUAAGAGUUGCAGAGGAUGGGAAAGUGAGCCAAGAAAAGGGAGGGUGAAGUCAGGAGGGUAGGUGGUUCCCCACCUCCCUCACCAAGGAUGGGGAUAGAGGGACAGGCCAGGAACAAGGAGGAGAGGGAUGAAAGGAGACACAAACCCUUGUCUCCGAAGUUUCUUUAGAAUCUCUGUUCCCUCCCUUCUCUCUGACAUUCCUGAAAGAUUACCAGCCAGCAAUAGCCCAGGGCUCCCCCAAAAGAAUUGUUUCAGAUUGUAAUUACCAGUUAGGCAAUGUUUUUAAAACUUAGUAAUGAGAAACUGUGAAAAGAGCAAAGUGUUACAUUGAGCUUGAGGUGGGAGACGACUGGGACCAAUGGUGAGGAAGGAGGCAGGGAUGGAAUUCAUCUUCCGGAAGCAGGAGAGAGCAGAGCACAAGUUAAAUACCCAUCCCCAGAUUGCCAAAAACAUGAACUUUCCCCCAGCCUGCACCAGUAUUAUUUUCAAACAUUGCCCGUAAGUAAGUAGGCCCUUUGAAGAGUCAGCUUCCUUCUCAUCUUUGACCAUGAAAUGGUUUAAACAAGGGAACUUGUACCAACCAUUACAAAAAGUUUUUGUUUUUCCUAAGUGGUUUUGCUCUCUCUUGAUCUAAACCUGUUGCUUGUUUGGUUCAGAGAACUACAAACUGUCCAAGAAAGGGUGAGACUGAUAAUAAAUGCUAAUAUAAAAUGCUAAGUGAAAAAAAAAAAAGACUUGGCCCGGAGAAAUAAUUUAAAAUGCACAUUUGCUUUGGAUGCACUGUUGUUCUGUUAAGGCUGUAUAUAUUUGUUUAUUUAAGGUGACUGAAAGUGCAAAGAGGAAAUGGACAGCAUGCAAUUCAUCUUAAUGUACAAGACGUUAUAUGCACUCAAAUGUUAUAAUUUCUAAUAUUUUUAAAGUUUAUAUUCGAGUUGUACAAAGUUAAGCAUUCAUCAGAUAUUUCAUUCUUUCAUAAUGUUAUCAUUUUCUUAAAUAUUAUUACAAAAUUUUAAGUCUGUCUAAUGGAGAGUUUUUUUUUUAACUGUCUACCUCACUAUAAUACAAGUAUUUACCACAUGAAAGUUACCAGAGGUCAAUUAAUAUUCAAAACAUUUUUUACAGUACACUUUUCCUGGAUGAUACUCAGUCUAAUACUGUAUUAUUAAAUUCAUUUCCCCCCUUAAUAAAUCAGCCUGGUUUAUAUGGAUCUAUUUAGAAAAAUCAUU